AUGUCAUAUACCGUUGAGGCGCCGCCGUUUUCCCCUUCACUCCACUACGCGAUUGCCGCUUCGUGGUGCUGCACGCCGCGACUGAAGGGUAGGGGAGGGGGGCGAUGCUGCCUGCGGGCGAACGCGGCGCCACUGUCGGCGGAAACAGCGCGGCUGUCGCUUGUUUCGUCGCAGGCGCCGGAGAGGAGAGGGAGUGAUGUGGCUGUCAGAUUGAUGCAAGGGAAUCCAGAUGCAGAUUAG